AUGCUACGCUUCAGUUGGUGCCGCCUCUGCAGCAGCACGGCCACUGUUGCGUCCUCGAUGGCGCCCGAUGUGGUCGCCGCGGCGAAGGCGCAAUCGACGCAUCUGGACGAUUUGUCACCGCGGAGGAUCGCCGCCAUUUUGGACAGCUACGUUGUCGGGCAGGCGGAGGGGAAGCGGGCUGUCGCUAUCUCCCUCCGCAACCGCUGGCGCCGUCGCCAGAUAAAGGACGAGGGUCUGCGGCAGGAUAUUCUGCCAAAGAACAUCCUCCUCGUCGGGCCCACUGGCGUCGGUAAGACAGAGAUCUCGCGGCGCAUGGCGAAACUCACCGAUGCGCCGUUUGUGAAGGUGGAGGCAACGAAGUACACCGAGGUGGGCUUCAAAGGGAAGGACGUUGAGUCUAUCAUUGAGGAUUUGUACACCAACGCCAAGACAAAGGCGAAGCGCCGGUUGGAGCUGGAGCGAGAGCAGGAGGCGCUGGCAAUGGCACUCGACGUUGUGUUCAACGGUUGGGUCCUGCGCCGCCGCGCCACAGGUGCUUACGGCAACAGCAGCAGCAGCAGCAACAGUGAUGAUGACGACGUGCGCGGUCCGUUGAGCGAUGUCACGUUUGAGGAGUUCAAGGAGCGGUACAAGACUGACUAUAAGGACGACCUUGUGGUGAUUGAGGUGACCCAGCAGCCAAUGAACACGAAGCCUAGCAUCGGUCCUGGUGGCGUCGACAUGACGUCGGUCGGUGCGCUCUUUGUCUUCGGCUCUGAGCCGCGGCGAGUGAAGUCACGCGUGACAAAACGCGUCGAGGAGGCGGUCCCACUGGCACUGCAGGAAGCGCUGGACCGUCUCGUGGACGAGGCGCAGAUCAACGCGCUAGCCCGCACCUUGGCAGAGCAGGACGGUGUCGUUUUCGUUGACGAGAUUGACAAGGUGGUGACGGAGCCGUCAAGCCCGAACGCGGAUGUCAGUUCCACCGGUGUGCAGCAGGACCUGCUGCCGCUCAUUGAGGGCUCCAAUGUGACCAUGAAAGACGGGAGCCAGAUCAACACAGACAACAUACUCUUUAUCUGCUCAGGCGCUUUCCACACAGCCAAAACAUCGGACAUGAUUGCAGAGCUGCAGGGCCGUCUUCCCGUGCGUGUAGAGCUGCAUGCGUUGAAGGAGGAGGAUAUUCGACGCAUCCUCUGUGAGCCCAAGUUCAAUCUUCUUCUCCAGCAGAAGGCCUUGAUGAAGGCAGAGAAUGUGGAUGUAGAAUUCACAGAGGAUGCUAUCGAUGAGUUAGCGCGCGUCACGACACGUGUGAACGCGAAUGGACAGAACAUUGGGGCGCGGCGGUUGCACACUAUUAUUGAGCGCGUGAUGGACGAAUAUAGCUUUGAUUGCCAGAAGUAUGAAGGAACGAAGGUUAUAAUAGACGCCAAAGUAGUGGAGAAUGCCACUGAUGAACUACAGAAGAACAUCAACCUUGCCAAGUAUCUGCUCUGA